UCCCAUCGACAAUUUUUUAUUGGCCACGGAGCGAACCACAAAAUCGGGGCACCGUCUUCCUCAAUCCUACUAAUACUCCCAUCGACAAUUCGACACCAGGCGAUUCCAAGCUCCCUGCAAUGGCACUCUCUCCGUCUAAUAACCAUUAGAAUGCUGAGACGAGCCACAAACCAUCUCCGAAAACUUUCCCCACCGCUCAUCUCAAGGCCUCCGAAAACCCUAGUAGAUUCCCCUGACCGGUUCGCAAGGCGAGUCACCGGUUCGGCGUCGAGCCCGAGCCUGUCGAUAUGGAGGCGGAAGAAGGAGAUGGGGAAGGAAGGGCUGAUGGUGGCCAAAGAGCUCAAGCGACUCCACUCCAAUCCGGUCCGGUUCGACCGGUUCAUCAAGUCCCACGUCUCUCGGCUGCUCAAGUCCGACCUCGUCGCCGUCCUCGCCGAGUUUCAGCGACAGGACCUCGUCUCUCUCUCCAUGACGUUAUACGAUCUGGUGCGUAAAGAAAUAUGGUACCGGCCAGACAUGUUCUUUUACAGAGAUAUGCUUAUGAUGCUUGCAAGGAAUAAGAAAGUUGAUGAAGCAAAGCGGGUAUGGGAAGAUCUAAAGAGGGAGGAAGUUCUUUUUGAUCAACAUACAUUUGGCGACAUUAUGAGGGCCUUCUUGGAUGGUGGCUUGCCAUCAGAGGCAAUGGACAUAUACGAUGAAAUGAGACAGUCUCCUGAUCCCCCACUCUCGCUGCCUUACCGAGUCAUACUCAAAGGGCUCAUUCCGUACCCAGAACUGAGGGAGAAAGUGAAAGAUGACUUCUUGGAGCUGUUCCCCGAUAUGGUUGUGUACGACCCACCUGAAGACCUAUUUGAAGAUCAAGAAUGGAGAAGGGAGAGCGAAGAGGAUUAAAAGAUGCUACCAAUUCACCUGUCAUUAGCUCACACUGGGCUCUCUGGAAUCGCCAUGGCAAGGACUGCACUGGACUUGAUGCCAAACUAAGUUUUAUGGGUGCAGAUGUCUUCUCCUAAAUGCUGCAACUUAUUCCGGUGGAAUACUUGAACCUAGGAGCUUGAUCCUCCGGGAAGUAGGGGGAAUGGAUGAUAUUUUCACUCCUUGAUGCCUGCAGAGUGGCCUGCUUUGUUAAAUGGGUUUGAAAAUUUGCCAGUGCUAACUGCAAAAUUAUCAAACGAUGAGAGACUUUGUUCCUUAUUUCACAGUUGUUUGGGAAAUUUGUCUUCUCUGGCAUAUCUAAAGUUUCCAGACCAUUUUUUGCUUCGUCUGUAGGCCUUAACUCAUUGCAGUGGUUGUAGCUUGUAAGAUACAUAAUUUGACCCUAGAACUAUAGAAUGCUUGGUUGCAAUAGAUGCAAAAUUGAGCUUGGGCCGUAUAUAUAUUAUUUGAGUUGAUUUGAGUA